UCACCUUCCUAUAUAAAUUAAGCUUCCCCACCGAUCCCCACAACAUCUUCACUCCUUCAUAUUCAGAAGGCAUCCCAUUCCUGUGUCAGUCACAUAGAAAUCAAGCCAUGGAAGCUGCUGCUCGAACCAAUGACAGCGCUGGUUUCAUCCCAUGCAUCCAUUUUUUUCAAAACAUAAAAUACAGAGCAACAGAGCUUGCAAAGAAGCUUAAGAAAAUUGGCAAAGACGACCCCAGAAGAAUCUUUCACUCUUUCAAAGUAGGGCUAGCGCUUUCUCUCAUCUCCAUCUUCUACUACCUCAACCCUAUCUUCACCAGUCUUGGCUCCUCAUCCACCAUGUGGGCUAUCCUCACCGUCGUCGUCGUCAUGGAAUACACCGCAGGUGGCACGCUGAGCAAAGGUCUCAACAGGACAUUCGCAACGCUGAUAGCCGGGGCGCUCGGCCUUGCCGCACAGCGUCUUGCACACGCGCUGUCCGGUCACACCACCGGCGAGCCUAUACUUCUCAGCGUCUUUGUAUUUCUAAUAGCGGCCAUGGCGACAUUUUCGCGGUUUGUGCCGGAGAUUAAAGCGAGGUAUGACUACGGGGUGAUGAUAUUUAUACUGACGUUCAGCCUGGUGGCGGUGUCGGGGUACAGAGAGGAGGAGCUGAUUAAGUUGGCGCUGCAGAGGCUUUCGACAAUAGGGAUAGGGGUGGGGCUUUGUCUUGCAAUCUCCAUGUUUGUGUUUCCAGUGUGGGCUGGAGAGGAUCUACAUGAGCUCAUGGCUGCUAAUAUUGAUAAACUGGCCUGUUUCUUAGAAGGGUUGGAAGAGGAGUACUUUGGAGAAAAAAUGGAUAUUGAUAAGAUUUCGGAGGAAGCGUCCUUCCUCAAAUGUUAUAAAAGCGUUCUUAAUUCAAAGCCCACUGAGGAUUCGUUGGCAAAUUUUGCAAGAUGGGAGCCAGGACAUGGACGGUUUGGCUACCGUCAUCCAUGGCAGCAGUAUGCGAAGCUUGGUGCACUUACUCGUCAGUGUGCUUAUUCAAUAGAAGCCCUCAACUCGCACAUCUCCACCACCAAAAAGAACCAGGUGAUAACGGAUACGGAAUUCAGCAAAAGGAUCCGAACUGCAUGCUCGGAGAUGAGCACCGAAACCGGCAAAGCAUUAGCGGAGCUGGCGACAGCUAUCCGAGAGAUGAGGUCACCAUCCACCUCCGCAGCGCAGCACUUAUCAAGCGCCACCGAAGCCUCCAGAAGCCUCUACGCAUUAUCUCCGGCGAAAGAUGCCUCUUUGCCGGAUAUUCUCCAGUCAGCCAACUCCGCCUCCCUCUUAUCGGAGGUGGUGAAAUCCGGCCGCCAAUUGGCCAUCGCCGUCGAGGAGUUUAGCUGCGUCGCACAUUUCAAGCGGCAGGAGCAAGCCCAAAAGGACGCCACCGUUAACCCGGUGGCCGGCGGCGAGAGCCCGCCGCACGUGGUAAUUGAAAUGGAGAAGUGACGAUUAUGGCCUCAGGAAUUACGUAUAAUAUACAGAUGUGCUCGUUUGCUAAAUUGAAAUAUAAAAAUAGAUUAAAGAAGAGGCAGAUGAUUGUGCACAGUUCACUUGGAACUGAGAACAUGAUGCCGACGAGACCUAAGGAUAAAUCCAUGUCAACCAUUUUAUGAAGUAUUUUGCUUGUGCUAGUAAUAGUUAUUCUGUUUAGAUUUAGUGCCAUGAAUUAGGUGCAAACUUCGUAUGUUUGUGGACUUCUUGACAACGAUGUAUAAUAUGAUUGUACAAGAAGCACACAUGAAUGCGAAGUCCACGCCUAGUAUUUAUCUCUAAUUAGAGUACUAUAAUAAUUUUUUAAAAGUCGU